AAUAUAUUAUUUCGUGUGGAUGUAAAUUGUCUCAAUUGUCGCCACCACCCUGAGGAUCCGUUUAUACUUCAGAAGCGGGAUUAUGCCAGGCCCAUACAUUGACGGAUUUGAGACCGCUGAGAAACACAGGCGAUACAAAAUGCGACGUGUCACCCAAACCGAUGCGGAGGUUAUUACAACGUUCCGGCCGGAUGGAAAAUCUAGCAACGUCAAGGGAUGGCUGCACAAGAUCGACCAGUUGGAACACGUAAAUGGAUGGGACAACAAAGACCGCCAGUUCAUCAUGCAGAUAUGUCUUCGUGGGUCGGCUAGAGAUUGUGCGAUACACCACCGCAGCUAUACUACACAUCCGCGACUGGCUACCACAUGGAGAAGAGAAGGUGCUGUUGCUCCAGUUGCGAGAGGGACCGACUUUCAACCAAAAAAAUGUUACGCCUGCCGAAGAGAAGAUGAAACAAACAACUGCAAAGAGCCGCGCUGUGAAGUGUGCCAUCGCCCGGGACACACGUCGGCCAGCUGAUGGUAUGCGGCCAGCUCUUCACACCCAAAAGUGAGUAAUGACUUAUUUACAACAUACAACAUAUAAGUAUAUUUGUACAAAAUGCAGUGGUUAUUAAUGGCUGUAGUCUCAUUGCAUACAUAGAUACGGGCAGCAAAUUAAAGUGUGGCAUAUGCUGAUAAGUUAAAAAUUAAAGAUUGAGCAUUCCGUGGUUACAAUGAGAGGUUUUGGAGGCGCAUACUCGUCGACCUCUUUAGGAACUUCCCCCAUGAAUGUUCAUAUAGACAACAUUAUUGUGGCUUUGUGGAAAUAACGA